AAACAUGUCUCGUUUUCCGCAUGGACUGUACUCCAUAGUAUGCAUUAACAAACCAGAACAGUCGGCGACUAAAAAAAUAUUGGAUCUGCUUAUUGCAGAGUAAGAUUAACUCAUUUCUACAGCCUCUGUGAUUUCCUUUCCAGCAGUCAAUCUGUUUUCUCUUUCCCUGCUGAGCCUUCCAGUUCUUCCACGUCAUCCUCAUUUUUCUUUCUUUUUUUUUUUUUUUUUUAAACUCCCUCUCCAUCCUUAAAAGUGGAGCGAGUCGUUCUCUCUGCAGAUUACUUGUUGAACUUCCCGUACAGGCAGCCGGACUUCUCUGGAGCUGACAGACAUGAGGCUGGGACUGACGGCUCUCCUCUGCUUCUUCAGCGUCGUGCUUCAGUGCGACUGCACUCCUCCGACCUGCUACUCCAGAGCGCUUAGCCUGAGCAAAGAGAUCAUGACCCUGCUGGACAAGAUCCACAGUUUCUACCGAACCAAAGCGUGUGCUGAAGUUCUACCUGUCAUCCACAUUGAUGUGCAUAACGCAUGCAUCACCAACAAACUGCGUGACUUUCUCUACGUGGUGCUGAACCAUCCCAGCCAGAGCUGCAGAGACAAGCCCAGAAUGGUCGCGUUGAAGCGGAAAACCCAGAACCUGUACAGCAUCAUCACCAGAAUCUGUUACCGGGACCUGGUGUUUUUCACAGACGACUGUGAGGCCAUCGACACCGGACGCAGCAGCCCAAACCUGGCUGAAGACAGACUGCAGCUGCUGCAAGAGGACAGAUGAGACGGCUCGCACUCAUUCACACAGACAUAUACCUUCGUAAAAAAAAAAAAUAAAAAAAUCUAUUGUAUCCAAAUGUAGAGCAGUAAAAGCAAGCAUAUACCACCGAAGACGAGGCUGUUUUAACGUCCUGCAUGUUCGCUGGCUGAGGGCCGGGCGACCGGCUGCAUGUCGGGGGACACGUGUGGUCACAUUCCAGCAGCAAGCGGAGAACUUUCCACAGGAAAUUAGCUGAAUACCAGCCAUUCCGAUGAAAACCUUCAAAUAAUAAACCAGUACAAGGUGCUUGUGUGUGCAGCGUUGACCUCUGCUUCUUUACCGGGGCUGAUCAAAGGUUUGUGUGGAAUAGGCUGUGUUACUGGGAGCUUCCCAGUAACGCAGCUGUGAUGUUUACAGGGUGGCCUCCUGUAAACAUUUGAGGGCUUCGACAUGGACGCCGAACAUGUUGGAGAACAAAUGUAGUUUCCUUCCUCUUUCUUGUACCGUUUGUAUCUCUCUGAAUGUUCUUGAAUAGAUUUAGCAUCUAAGGAGCUGUGAUGUUUCUGCUACUUUGUUAUUGUGAAUAAGAAGUGCAACGACUUUUCACAUAAAUAUGUAUACACUCGCAAUCAGUAGAGGUUGUUAUUCUUUUUCAAGUAAUAAAAAAAAAAAAGUUAUUUUCCGACCAGU